AGUGAGGGAUGGGAGAGAAUUCCGGCGAAACUCGGAAGACGAGCUGAGUUUUUGGUUCCCUGCAAGCCUAAGAUGCCCGGUGGUUUUGACUUCUUGUUUGACUUCUCCUGACGGAAUGAUGUUGACCCGGCUGAAAGCAAAAUCAGAGAGGAAGGUUGCAAAACAGAUUUGCAAAGUUGUAUUGGAUCAUUUUGAAAAGGAAUAUUCCAGAGAACUUGGAGAUGCCUGGCAUACAGUAAGGGAUAUACUAACAUCUCCAUCAUGUUGGCAAUAUGCUGUGCUUCUUAACCGAUUCAAUUAUCCUUUUGAACUGGAAAAGGAUUUACAUUUGAAGGGCUAUCACUCACUCUUUCAAGGAUCUUUACCCUACUAUCCUAAGUCACUGAAAUGUUACCUUAGCAGAACUCCACACAGAAUGCCUUCAGAAAGACACCAAAUUGGAAACCUAAAAAAAUACUAUCUCCUGAAUGCUGCCUCUCUUCUCCCAGUACUGGCUCUGGAAUUGAGGGAUGGGGAAAAGGUUCUGGAUCUGUGUGCUGGCCCUGGAGGCAAAUCGAUAGCUCUGCUACAGUGUGCUUAUCCAGGUUAUCUUCAUUGUAAUGAAUACGAUAGUCUGAGAUUGAGGUGGCUGAGGCAGACGUUAGAAUCUUUCAUCCCACAGCCUUUGGUAAAUGUAAUUAAAGUAUCUGAAUUGGAUGGCAGAGAAAUGGGAGAUGCCCAGCCUGAAACGUUUGACAAGGUGUUAGUUGAUGCUCCGUGUUCAAAUGAUCGAAGUUGGUUGUUCUCUUCUGAUUCUCAGAAUGCAGCCUGUAGGAUAAACCAAAGGAGGAAUUUGCCUCUUCUACAGAUAGAACUCUUAAGGUCUGCAAUUAAGGCCUUACGUCCUGGAGGGCUGCUUGUGUACUCUACAUGCACACUUUCCAAGGCAGAAAAUCAAGAUGUGAUCAGUGAAGUUUUAAACUCCUACAGUAACAUCAUGCCUGUGGACAUUAAGGAAAUGGCAAGGACUUGCUCCCAAGACUUCACAUUUGCUCCCACUGGCCAGGAAUGUGGGCUAUUGGUGAUUCCAGAUAAGGGCAAAGCCUGGGGCCCAAUGUAUGUAGCCAAAUUGAAAAAAUCAUGGACUCCUUGAAAUUGGUGAUGUGCAUUUUGUGAACCAUUACAUCGAUAGCAUAUCAAUGUAUUAUUAUAUUUAUUUAACAUGUAGGCUCUCUACGUGUUAACAUUUAAAUAAAAUGGAGUCACUUUCCCUGGGUCUGUUGGAAUCCUAUUUAGUUAAUACUUUAGCAUCUCAGAACUUCUCAGGUAUAUUUUUUUCCUAGAAACACAUCUACAGUAAUGAUUUAAGAUGGUGCAGAUGGUGUUUGUUCCGUAUAAUAAAUCUGUCUUUUACUUGGCAUUUUGUAGUUAAAUUAAUCAGAAUAUAUGGUUUUGUGCAUAAAAUGUUUAGAAAUACCUUCUAUCUGUAAUGUUGGUGCUUUGAACCUCUAAAAAUGCACAUCUUCUGGCCCUCUUAUCGUUUUUUUCCUUAUCAAAUGUAUAGAUUCUUCGAGGUUUUUUCCCCCUCUUUUCUAUAAGAACUGAUUGCUAUUCUGAGACUUAACUUCUUAAGCAGCACUAUUUCUAGUUCUAGGAAAAUAGAUUUCUUAUUUGCCAAGUUGUUUUUUGUUAAGAACUAUCUUCUGUUUACUGCAAAGGUCAGUGACUCUAUUGACACCAGCUUUAUUUCUCCACUUUUUUUUUGUAUUCACAAAUACAAAUUGAAAGGGUAAAUUAUGUUGAAAGGCCAUUAGAACAGCAGAUUCACAUGCACAUGUUUGACUUUCUACAUUCAGCUAGUAGAAUAAUGGAGUCUAUCCAGCAGGCUAUAAAGCAAGUACUUGAAACAAAACCAGAAUGAUUAAUAACCGCAAUAACUGAACUAUAUUUGGAGAGUUUUGCUACAUAAUUGCAGUCAUAAUGAACACUACAGAAUCUGAUUAUCUAACAGUUGCAAUCUGGAGGGGCAUUUUAUUUCAUUGCGUUAUGAAAUGUUAUCUGAGACUAUGAUGUCACAUACUAAUGCACAAAAGGGAGAUGCCUAAUGAGAGUGGAUUAUACUAUUACCAAAACCCAAUACCAUUUACUAAGUGGCUCUCCUUGUUUAUACAUAUCCUGGGAAUAUUGUGUACAUUUCUGUAUAUGUACUUAGGGUUUUAGCCUCAGGUUUUGAUCAUGUGUUUUCUCUAGAAAUUGCUUUACUCAGAGACCAAACAUAUUUUUCCAACUAUUAAGAAAAAUUAUGUAGCAUAUUUCAAAAGAUUCUAUCUACUUAUAAAUUAGUUUUAAAAAAAAACAAAACUCUGACUAUAGAAAUACAAAAUUCUGCUGAAGCUGAAUCCUUUUGAAUUAUUACAUUCUAUACAUUUAAACUAGAGAAUCUUGGCUCAUUUACUAUUUUUUUUUUUUUUUUUGCAAGCAUAUAAAACUGGGCUCCUUUAACUGGGAAGUCCUAGGAAGAAUGUUAUUUCUAUACCUUCAUUGCAUUAACCGUUUUGUUUCCUUUAUAUCUAACCAACAUAUUUGAAGAAAAGCUGGAUCUCUUGGACUCAAUCAAAUAUACCGAGUUAAUACAGAAGAUUAAUAAUAACGGAAAGGACUUUUAUUAUGUGUGUGUGUUUUUUUAGUGUGUGUUUAUUGGUUUGUUUUUUCAGUUUGAAAUCCUGUCUUCAGAUGCU